AUGGAGGUACGAAGACGCCAAGACGUCACGCAUGGGGAUGGCCAUGCGCUGGACCUCGUGCUCGCCGGCCAUGGACCUCCAGGCCUCAUCAACGCGACGAUGCUCAUGAGACCAUGGCCGACGAGCGCCGUGAGCGCCGGCCCGGCGUUUGUGCCGAAAGUGCGGCUCGGCAAGCGGUACCAAGCGACGAUUCCGCCGCUGCAGUCGACCCUUGACGGCGCCGCGACCACGGCGCGCGCUCGGAAAGACGACGACGACGACGAGAACGACGACGGCGACAUCGAGAUGGAUCCGAGCUCGGCGAGCGCGAGCCCGAGCAUCCCCCACCAGGUGUAUUCGAUGGCUGCGCUCAGAGGCGACAAGCACGUCGACAAGUACAUCAAGUUUGCGACCUCGCUCUGCAACGGGUACAUGCAUGGUACCGUACACGCGACGACCGCGAACGCGCUCUCGUACUUGCACCGCCACGGCAACGACCCGAUCUCGGCCGCGUGCCACAUCUACGCCGCCCACGGCUUUGGCAUGCUGCCCGAGCCGCGCGCAACCGACGAUGCGAACGCGAAAAAGUCGCAAAAGGCCAAAGUCCAAGAGUGGAUGGUCCGCGCGCUUACGGUCAUCGGCCACGACGUCAUCGACGACGCCAGCGUGCGCGCGAUGCAGGAGCUCGUUCGGUCGUGUCCGCCGUCCGAAGCCGAGAGCAAGGAGCUGUACGUUCUUAAGGCGACACUCCAGCGCGUUGACGACUGGCGGCAAGCGUGCGCGGAUCUCGGCGACCGCAAGUGCACAGUCGCCGACAUUCAAGCCUUGCUGUACACGGCCAAGGACCUCCGCUGCGUCCUAUCAGAGCGUGACGCGCUCAGCGCACGGGUUGCUGCGUUUGAAGACGCCAAGAGCGUCCUCUUUAAAACCAUGUACGACCGUCCAAAGGGCCGCAAGAUGGUCAAAAUCGAUCUGCGCACGCUCAAGGAGCUCCUCGGGCACGUGCAGCAGUACGCAAUCCACUUUGGCCAAGAAGACACACUCGAGCGCAUCAUUUCGGACGCCGAGGAUCUGGAGGCGCAGAUCUCGUCGCUCUUGGCGAUGGACAAGGUGAGCGUGCCGGCGAUCCGGGACAUCCUCGCGCGCGUCGAUGGUGUCCCCGUCGACCUGCAGAGCAUCGUUGAGCCGCUAAAAUCCAAGAUGGUGUCGGCGCAAAGAUGGCUCGAGCGCGCGCGCAAGUGCAUUCCGCCGACGAAGCGGCAGUCGUCUCGCAACGUGCACGAGUCGAAUCGGUCCAAGAUGGACCUCUCGACGGUUCACGACCUUGUGAAGAACGCGCCGAUUGACGACCAGUCGUCCGAGAUGCAGGAGAUGGAGGACCUCCUCGCGUACGCCGACGAGUGGUCGACGCGCGUCCAGAGUGCGAUUGCGGACGCCAACGCCGCGACCAUUUCGGUGGACGCGCUCCGAGAACUGUUGGACGAAGGCCACGACAUGCCUGUCGUCAUGGAGCAGACGUCGCAUCUCGCGGCCGUCAUCGAAGGCCGCGAGUGGGUCGACGAAGCCACCGAGGCGUUGGCCGACAAGAGCUCGCUCGACCGUCUCCGUCACAUCAUCAAAGACGCGCAAAAGCUGCGAAAGCGCAUGCAUCCCACGAGCCGCGACCUGUGGAAACCGAGCGUCGAAGUCGAGAUGCUUGCGUGCAUCGAGCAAGCCGAAGCGUGGCUCUCGGAGCUCCACGAGCUUCUUGGAUCCGCGACGUGCGCGCGCCUUUUUGCGGGCGAGUCGAGUCGGUUCAAGGGGCCAAAGCACACAGUAGCAACCAAACCGUCGGUCGCUGCCGUGCAAGCCAAGCUGAGCGAAGCCGCCUCGUUGCGCGUCGACGUCAGCGCGUACAUUGAGCCGCUUGAAGGCCUUCUCGGAAAAUGCGCCGAGCUCGAAGCGCUAUGUGCGGCAAGCCUCGCAACCACGGACGGCGACCAGGCGUUCCAGAAAGCAUUGGCGGCGCUCGAGGCCUUGGACGCGUUCGCAUGCUACGUCGCCAAGACGGACGACCUCCGAGUCGCCGUCGUCACGUCCCGGGAUUGGCUCACGCGCGUGCGUGGCAUCUGCAAUGCCAAGCAAGUGUCGGGCCGGCGCCUCACCAAGCGCAGCAGCACCUCGGGCAACGACCACGGCGUCACCGCCGAUGUGCUCUCGGCGCUCCAAGCGCAGUGCGACUCGCUGGUGUACCGCUUUCCCGACGACGAAGCCGCCCUCGCUGCAGAGGUCGCCGCGUCCGCAACGUGGCAAGCGCGCGUGCAAGCGUGGUUGAAGGACAGCGUCCCGUCGCUGCUGGACGCGUGCGACACGCUGCAAUCGAUGGACACGCAGUAUGUGGCGGCGCGGCGUGCCUCGUGGGAAAAUCUGCAGCAGCGCAUCGCGGCGGCGCCGCCACCAUCGCCAACGAGUGACGAGACCGUGACGGCGGAGCACCGAAACGACAUGGACGACGAGACGGCGCCGCGCGAGAAAGAACGACGCUGCGACGCGACGCCGGUGCCCGUGAUUGCGCACACGACGGAGCUGCCGUCGCUCGACUCGUCGAUUGUUGUGGACAUUGUGCGCAUGCUCUCGGGCACACGACAGAAAGAGUCGAGUGACGCGGCGACGUCGACGGUGGACUGGCGUCCGAUCUCGGACGCGAUCGAGACGGGCCUCAAGUACAUCGCGGCCCUCGAGACGCGCGUCAAGGAUGACGAGCCCGAGGUCGAGACGAGCGACGCCGAGAAGGACGCGGUCCACGCCGUUGAAGGAGCGGCUGCGCAAGCGCUCGAGCUCCUCGGGCAGUCGAAUGCGAGCAUUGCGACAACCGAAGCGUCGAUGCUGCAGGCGCUCAUCAAGGCGCUCGACUGGUUUAGCGACGCCCGCGCCGUCAUCCAAGGCGAGAACGUGCACACGCUGACCAAGAUCGUCGAGACGGGUGGUGCGCUCAUGGCGUCGAGCGCGCCGCCACAUCCGAGGUGGAACGAGAGUCUCUUUUGGCCGCUGCCGCUGCUCGAAACGUUGCGCGCCGACACCCAAGCGUGGAUCACGUCUCUCGAAGCGCGCCUGCACAGCAACGCGUUUCCGCUGGAGGACGUGGAGGCGGCGAUUGCGCAGGCCGACGCGCUCCAGGCCGACGACCGCGUGCUCUGGGUCGAGCUCAAGAAGACGAAAAUGUGGCUGCUCAAAGCGAAGAAGACGCUCAAGCCACGCGUGACGACCAGUACGCGCAUGCCGCUCCACGCGGCGUCGGCGCUCGUCGAGGACGGGUCCAAGCUCAAGGUGAUUGCGACGGCGUGGACGAAUCUGCACACGCACGUGGCGCAAGCAUCGGCGUGGGAAGAGCGCUUGAAGGCCUCCGGCCUCGAUGCUGGGCACGCCAAGGUUGCCGUCCUCGUCGAGCUCCUCCACGAGUACACGACCGGUCGGUUCCUCAUCGACUUUGACAUGCACCGCGACGUGCUCGUGUCGGCGACGGAGCAGUACUGCAUCUGCCGACAGCCGUACGACGGCCUCAUGAUCGGCUGCGACCUCUGCGACGACUGGUUCCACGAUACGUGCAUUGGGCUCUCUAAGGAAAAGGCCGAGAAGGUCGAGGAUUAUGUGUGUCCGUCCUGCGGGCUCCUCCAAGAGCUCAAGCACCUCCUCGACGGCAUCGACGGGUCGACCAAGCAGCUCUUUGAGCUUGAAGACAAGGCCCAUGAGAAAGCUUUUAGCGUCGCGAUGCGCAAGGUCAAGAAGGAAGAGCGGGACGUGGACAAGGCGCACGUGGCCGUCAUGGAGCUCCAGGCCCAAGUGACGGCGAUUGGGCAGCACGUUCAGUACCUCGAGAAAAUGCACGAAGAGACGCCGCCCAAGUACCUUCCGUCGAUCGCGCUGCCGUUUCCGCAGCACCCGUCGCCGACGGGGAUGCAGCCACUGUACAAGGCGUCCUCGUAUCCGGCGCCCAUGCUCCGGAGUCCGUAUCACAACCACGCGGCAGGGUCGUCCAUGAGCAGUCUCCCGCCGCUGCAGCCGCUCCCGAGCAUCCUGUCCAAGACGAACGGCCUCCCGCCGCUGCUCGUGGACCCUCACCACAGCAGCAGCAGCAGCAACAACAUGUACCACCACCAUCAUAAUCAUGGCCACCACCCGACGCACCACCACCCGUCGCACCUCCCGUCGCCGUCGCACCACGCGCCGAUACAGUCCAAGCCUUUGGAGCCGAGUGCUGCCUCGGGCACGUCGGCGCAGGAAAUCGAACUCACGCGCUUCAAGAUGGAGCACUACAAGCUCAAGCAGCUGGCAGCCGAGGCCGAAGUGACGCUGGAGAAGGGCAAGGAGCGCGCGGUGGCCGCUCGCGGCGGCAUUGAGACGCUCAUCUCGACCCGCGACGUGCUGUUGCCGCAGGCACAGGCGUGGUGGCGCAUGGCGUGCGCGCACCUCGCGUCGCUCGUGACCGAGAAGGACGCGUUCGAUCUCAAGCAGCUGCGCGUCGUGGCGUCCAUGUGCGAGCCGUACAAGGCGACGUUCGCCUCGGUCGCGCUCAUGCAAAAGGUGCUUGUGACGAUUCCGUGGACGGUGGAGGCUGUCUCGCUCCUCCACGGCCACCCCAAGCCGGCGUACGAAGGCCUGGACCGCGUACUCAGCGAAAGCUCGCACGAUCCCAAGGCGCUCUCCGCCCUCCGCGGCGUCCUCACACGCAUGGAUGCGUGGGUCUCCAAGACCAAGAAGAUCGUGGCCAAGCUCGUGAAUACGGGCAAGAAGACGGAGACGGCCAAGAUCCAAGCCGUUCUCAACGAGUACAUGAAGCUGCCGCUCACGUGUCCGUGGGGUGCGCGGCUGCAGUCGUUCAUGGCCGACGUGGCCGAGUGGGAGGCGUCUGGCGCGACGCCCGUGCUCAUGCCGACGCUCUCGAUCACGCCGCCGAGCUCCCCGAUCGCGACGGCACCGAAGCGCAAGGCCAAGCCCAGUGGUAACAAUCCCAAGCGCAUCAAGACCGAAGACGACGUCUCGAAGCGGUCGAAGGCCAAGGCCGCCAAGGCGAAGAAGGCCGACAAGUGCGAAGACGACAAUGCACAUAUGAUCGACGUGGCCGAAGCGCCACCUCCGCCACCGAGCGCGCCGUAACCAGCUGCGUGUACCAGAGAGACCGACGCGGUCGUGGAAGUGCUCCAAAAUAAUCAAACCUCCGUGUCACCCAUCGCGUUGGUGGCAACC